UCCAAAGAAACAGUUUGCCUGCACAGCCUAUGCUAAGCUAAUAAAAAAAAUAAAAUGCGGUUAUUUAAGAGAAAGAGUAGACCUAGGUGGAACGAUAUCAGGAGACCUUUAAUAGAGAACAACAACAACAACAUACCAUGUGGUAAGAUGCCAUUUUAUAAUGAGCACCACCAGGCAGGUAAUGAAAACCCCUCGGCUCAGGACAUGUUCAACACCCACACGGAACAACCCUUACAGAGUGAGGAGGAGAUCCCGCCUCAGCCAUUAGCUGAACGUCUUGGUUUGACCCCUGAUGCCUGCAUCUCUGAGGACCAGAAAGAGAAUGUUUCUCACCUCAUUCAAAGAUCUGUGUCCCAGCACUUCCCAAAGCCACCGGCAGAUCUGAACCUGAACCUGAACCAGAACCUUCAGCAGCACCUGUUAAAUGUGCAGGAAACUUUUCACAAUGAGCGUUUGAAGAUGGGUCCACAGAGGACAUCUACGGAGUUGGAAUGUCUGAUUGUCAUCUACCAUAUCAAGACAUUUCAUCACCUCAUGGAUCUACUCCAGAACAUCAGCUCCUCCCAGAAUAUCUUUGUGCUGAUGAAGUGGGUCCUGCAUACAUAUCUGAGUCAGGACCUGCUUGGUCAUCCCGAACUUAAAGAAAUGGAUCCCAUAAAAAAAGUCGACCUCCUACUGUUGACAGAAUGGGCCCAAAAGGCAAAGAACAAACUGCUUGAGAAAGUGCAGAAAGAGGUCAGAGAAUCACUGGAGAAUAUCCUGCAGAUUGAGAGAAGGCAAGAAGGUUGUGAUUGUGAGGAAGCUUAUGUUCAACUUUAUGUGGACACUAUUCAGUGCGUUGAGGCCAAGCCAAAAGAAGCAAAAAAAAUCAGCUUGAAAGUAUAUUUUCUUGUGCAGAAGGUUUGUUUCCAAGAGCUGCUGACAUUUCUGAAGAGGUACACAGUUGAGCAGGCCAAGAUUCUUGGGGAAAAGGCGAAAAUAAACGCACCAGAAACAAUAUACUUCUUCAAGACUUUGAAAACCUGCAUCGAAUUAAAGCGGUUCGUCCAGACCAAACGUAAACACAUCAAAAGAUCGCUUUGCAAUGAAAUUGUGGCAACACUUGAAAACAUGGAAGAUUUUACUUUGAAACUUCUGCUGGACGUUGUAUCUGAGAUUGCAGAGAUCCACCUCGCGAAGUACUUCAAAUCGAGGAACAAGCACUUUUUCUUCUUAAUUGACAUAGUAAAGAUGCAUUUCCCCAAGUUGUCGUACUGCAAGGAUGUACUAAAGAUAGUGAUGGACGGGGUCUAUAAUAUCAUCGCUCACAUUUACCUCAAAUAUCUGGUCCAAAGCCGCCAGAGCAAACUGAAGAGUUGCUGGAAUCCUAAUGUCGGGCAAACUGUCACUGAAGAUGCUGAGCUACUUCACUACACCAUCUUAGACCUGGCUCCUGGUGUAAGACAGUGGAACUUCACGCUGCUGAAAGUCCCAGAGCUGUUGGAGUGCAGAGACACAGAAGCGGUGAAGAUCAUAGUUGCAGUCAUGCAGCAUGCAUGUCCCACAUGGAGCGACAACUUGCAGCUCCUGCCCGCGCUGCUGCGAUUUAAGGGUCUUUCUUGGGGGCAGGUCAAGGAGGUACUGGAUGCCCUUCCUGGGCAACGACCCGUAUCUAUAUUCUGGUUCUACUUUUUUAAUUGCUGGUGAAGACUGAGCUGCUCUACAGAGAAUCAACAGCAACAAACACAGAGACAGAGCUGAUUGUCCGAAACGUUUGGGAGACACUUGAUGAACUUUUCUGAUCAACUGAAUCCUGUUAAAACUCCGUUACUGAUGUCAAUACUCAGAUAUAAUCUAUAGAUAAGUAUAUAAAGACAAGCAGAUUGCACGUGAUUGCACGUCGUUAACAGUAAAUUCUGAUGAUAAUUUAGCUGAACUGGUGUUACGUAGUUUAUAGGGAAGAUGUUUUUGUUGAGCUCUGAUAAUCAAAAGACAAAAACAAAAAGUUUAAAGAUACUGAAUUAAAGGGCAAUGUUAUCUUUUUUGUUCUGUUAUACAGUUACAAAAUUACUCUUCAAGUCAAAGAAAUGUAACUGCUAUGAUGAAGAUGCCUUAUCAUAUUUAUAUUAAUAUGUUUGUGUAUUACUAUUAAGUUAGUUUAUUUAUAUUAAUAUCUUUACAUAUUAAUACAUAUUAAUUAAUAACUUUUACAAAAACGUCCUCACUAUUCACUAGCCUACAAUCAAUAAUACAACAUCAGACUUACUGAUACUGUUAAAAGCAAAGAUUCUUCCGUCAUAUUUACUUUUGAUUACACUUCUGAAUUGUGCUUGAUUCUAUUCAAACUGAGACUGAACAAAGCUCUCAAUCUACAAUACUAAUCACUACUGUAAAAUACUGUCAUUUCUUUCACAUUUUUAAUGAUGCGUUCCACUUUUUGUGUGAGGUGUACUAUAUUGGUUUAGUGGUUUUACUUCCCUCUUUAAUCACAACACAAAGACUUAUUUUCUGCUUCAGUGUUUUUGUAUUUGUUAAUGUUGUUGGUUACAGGGACAAAAAAUACACCUUUUCUGUCAAUAAUGUAAUGAAUAAACUUCAGUAAAUCAAUAAAACAUUAAAUUUUG